UGCUCAAGUGUUGGAGGGUCGAUGCUGAGAUAUUCAGCAACGUUCGAUAUCCAUUUGUUGACGACUUCGGUGUGCGAGGGACUGAUUCGAGACGGCGGACGCAAAGUGAAAGGACUCACGACGGUUCUUCGUAUCUGGCAGGCAGAGGUUUCAGUACGCGCGUUUCAAUAUGGCCGUUCGACGUGUAGUCACCUAAAGACUCGUGUGUUCUUUCUCGAGGGAAAUAAUAUUACGAAAAUAUUUUCUAGUCGGUUUUUCACCAUGAAUUCGAAAAAAAUCGCGCGUGUUUUGACACUUUUUAUCUUCGUCUAUCAAACAAACGGUCUGAUUCGGAGAUGCAUCCAAUGCAGAUCGCGAGGAGAUCUGGGCUCGUGCAAGGAUCCUUUUACCAUGAAUUCCACACAGAUCGAGACUGAGCACGGCGUGGAGACGGUUCCUUGCGCGUCUGGAUGGUGUGGAAAAGUCAUUGAGAAUCCUAGUCUCAACAAUGAAUACGGUACCGCGACGCAAAGAAUGUGCUUCCAGCGUGGACCAGACGACGGUGAAGAGCGAUGCGCGUACACGACGAAAGACAACAAAAAAGUUUACAUGUGCCUGUGCCUCGGCGAUUUGUGCAACGGCGCAAACCCUUCGAGAAAAUCUUCGAGUUUCUUGAUACCCGCGGCUCUCUGUUUCAUCCUCAUACGUUGGUGGCUCUGAACAGUGCUUUUUGUUUUAUUUUUCUCAACGGAUUAUACAAACGUAUUUAUAUUUAUAGACGAGAAUUUUGCUCGCAUAAACGCUCUCUGUGCCUGGAAACGAGCCUCGAUCCAAGGCCGCCAAUUUAUAACCACAAAUCGACAAAUUCACUCGCUCAAAUCGAUUCGUAGUUGCCGCAACAUUGACACUUCGAUCUCCAAUGAAAAAUUCAAUUUUUCCAUGAAAAUUCAAGCUUCCAGCAGACUCGUCGAUCGAUCAAUGAAAUCGUGGUGAAAACUAUCUCCAUUUUAUUUCACAAUUCACCAUCACUCCCGCCCUUUUUACCUUGGAUUACGAAGUUUACGAAUAUUGCUCGAGAAAUGAACAAUUUUGCGCGCAACACUGACAAACCUUGCUGUAAAUAUAGUGCUAAGACUCCGAAAUGAAAAUUGUACAAAAUUCCACAUACAAGUAGGCCUGGCUCGAAGCCUCUUCGUUUUUUAUUCAGUUAAACUUGUUUUUACAAAAUACGAACGCUUGAAAUGCAAAAAUACCCGUUCAACGAGGUAUUUGGCACGAUUGUCAUAAAAAAUAAACCCACUGGGAUAAA